AUGACUCGUACGUAUUUUAUUGGUGGUAACUGGAAAUGCAACGGUACCGUUCAGUCCAUUACAGACCUCUGUUCUUUGCUUAAUAAGGUGGAUAUCACGUCAAACAAAUUGGAAAUUGUCGUAUCACCUUCUACACUUCAUAUUUCUCUAGUCAAGUCUUUAUUACAGGACAAGAUUAUGAUCAGUGCUCAAAAUGUGAGUCUUACGGGUACAGGUGCUUAUACGGGUGAGAUUGCAGCCGAGCAGUUUCUUGAUAUGGGGAUCAAAUGGACUAUCACAGGACACUCGGAACGUCGUGCUUAUUACGGUGAAACAGACGAGAUUGUAGCCAAGAAGACAAAACGGGCCCUGGACGUGGGUCUCCAUGUCAUUUUCUGUAUUGGUGAGUCUCUUGAAGAACGACAGGCCAACAAGACUUUGGACGUACUGAUUCGUCAGACGCAGGCCUUGACUGACAUUGUGUCGGAAGAAGACUGGGCACGUGUCGUUGUUGCUUAUGAGCCCGUGUGGGCCAUUGGCACGGGUGUCGUGGCUACACCCGCUCAGGCUCAAGAGUCUCACAAGGAGUUGCGUGCUUGGAUCGCCGGCAAAGUGUCUUCCAAAGUGGCAGAGAAUGUUCGCAUUAUCUAUGGCGGAUCAGUCAAGGGUGACAAUUGUGAGGAACUCAUUGCCCUUACCGAUGUUGACGGCUUUCUUGUUGGUGGAGCCGCACUGAAGCCGGAGUUUGAGAAGAUUAUCAAGAGCGCUUUCUGA